UCACAUUCUCCUUGCAGCCGGCAAAUAUGUACCACCCAGCCUGCGGAAUAAAGCAGGGGAAGCCGGCAUAGAUGCAGAACAGAUCAAGCUGACCCGUCUACUGAAGGGUCUCAUUAACAGGAUGAGCGAACAAAAUAUGGGGUCCAUAUUGGAUAGCAUCGAGGAAGCAUAUAGGAAACACCGCCGCCACGAUGUUACGUCGACAUUGACGACACUAAUCAUCGAGGGGAUAUCUUCCCAUUCUUCCCAUCUUGACUCCUUCGUGGUCCUUCAUGCAGCUUUAAUAUCCAGUCUACACAAGCUGGUCGGCGUUGAGUUCGCUGCGUAUUUGCUACAGAACGCCAUAUCAGCCUAUGAACGAUACUUGAAAGCAGCCGAUCAGACUACUUCCGAACCAGGACAAGCGCUGUCCGGAGAUGUUGGAAAGGAGGCUUCCAACCUAAUCGUACUUUUGUCGGAAUUGUACAACUUCCAGGUUAUCUCGUGCAUUCUGGUGUAUGAUAUUAUCCGAGAUCUCCUCAGUACAGCGCUAAGCGAACUGAGGGUCGAGUUGCUGUUAAAGGUCCUUCGAAAUUCUGGAGCGCAGUUGCGUCAGGAUGACCCGUCUGCAUUAAAGGAUAUUGUUUCAUUAGCACAAGAGAACUUGGAUAAGCAAUCUGUAUCAAGUUCACGCACACGCUUCAUGAUGGAGACUUUGUUGAACCUGAAGAAUAAUAAAGCUAACAAGAAAGCGGCUACGCAACAUCAAGGCGGGGAUGCCGUUGAGAGAUUGAAGAAGUUCCUCUCUGGUCUAGGGCGGAAGAAGCAUGUGCUCGCUCAUGAGUCUCUCCGAGUCUCUCUUGAUGACCUUCGUUCAGCGGAGACCAAGGGCAAGUGGUGGCUCGUUGGAGCAGCAUGGGGAGGAGACCCUCUUGUGGAACAAAGAGAAGAGCUUGCUCGACGAAGUGGUGGUGCUUCGCAGAAGGGCAAGAGCGAUCAGGACCCCACCAGCAUUGCGCUUGCAAAACUCGCGAAGAAACAGGGCAUGAACACAGACAUUCGCCGAAGCAUUUUCGUCGUCAUCAUGACUAGCGAUGAUUAUAUCGACGCAUGCGAGCGGUUAGCUCAGCUGAACCUCACGGAAGUGCAGCAGCGAGAGAUCAUUCGCGUUGCCCUUCGAUGUUGCGGCAAUGAAAAAUCAUAUAACCCAUUCUACGCCCUUGUCUGCCAGCAACUUUGCCAAACUUCGCAUUCGUACAAAGUCACGCUGCAGUUCUGCCUCUGGGACUUCCUGCGAGACCUCGGCGAGACGAACGUCGGGGGCGCAGAAGUUAUCAAGAACAUCACGGACGAUGGAGGCGCCUUCGACGGCGAGAAUGUGUCGCCCACGCGGAUACGCAAUGUAGCCAAAGCAUACGCAUGGUGGAUAGCGAGAGAUUGUUGUACGCUGAUGAUUCUGAAGCCUGUUGACUUCACGGUGCUCAAAUCCCAAUCGCGGAAAUUCUUGCGGGAGUUGUUCGUCCAACUAUUUGUGGCCAGCCAAGUUUCGUCGCCUUUGCUUCUCGUCCCAGGGGCGGAGUUACCAAGUGGACGGAACCGCAGUCUUGUCGAAGAAGUUUUCAUGAAGGCCUCGCGAUUGGAGAACCUGGCUAUGGGCCUGACGUACUUCCUUACGGAGACAUUCCGCAAGGAAGAAGACCUACUAAAGUGGGGUACUACAGUUGCGCGGGAGACAUUGCAGACCAGGAUAGAUCAGAAUUCAAGGUUAUAGGCGUCUACAUAUAUUACACUGAGUGUAUGACGUAUGAUUUUCUCAAUGCUAUGCUCGAGACGACGCUGCCGCUUUUCCCUCCAAACGAGAAUGUCGGAUGUUGAAUGCGGGAGUGGUACUCGAGUCCUGAUUCUGGCGUUGCGAACUUUGCGCGAAGCUCGUCCUCCGUGAAAUUGCAAGAAGUAAUUAAAAAAUGGCCACCUGGCUCCAGCAGUCGCGCAACGUGCUUGGGAUAUUCGUCUGCCGGCACAGUCCCGUCUUCCCUUUUCUCCAUGAGCGCCAUCGCGUCGAACGUGCCCUUAUCCAAGAUCAAACCCCAUGCAUCCCUAGAGGGCUCGCCUUGCUCCUCCGCAUUGAGUAAUGGUGGCUCGUCGUUCAAGAAGUCCGAUACAUUGAACGUGACAUCUUCGGAGUUGUAGUUUGGUGCGACUGCCUUGGCGAGCCGAAUCGCGCCCUCGCUGUAGUCGAUACCGGACAAGCGGCUAGCGGGGUAACCUGACUCAACGAGCGCAAAGAGGAGAGAGCCGUUCCCGCUGCCGACCUCGAGAGCAUACGGGUCGGAGUAGGAAGGAGAAAGUUCGUGGAGCGAAGCACGGAGGUCCUCAACCCAGGUAACCAUUUUCUCGACCGAGUCAGAGCCGAACCAGACUUCGCCUUCGUCCCCAAUCUCUUCAAAGUUCGCUAACUCUUCCUCGUAGACUUUAUCCCAG